AUGAGCGCAGUUUGUUCACCAUGUCAUGGCGCCUCCGCUCCCCGUCCGCCAACACUCGCGGCUGCCGCAUUCUCCGCCGCACCACACUGCGCGCUUACCGUAGGCCGUCCGUCGCUCCCGGGCUCUCUCUUCCUCCGCCCCCGACUCUCCGCGCCUCGCCAACCUUGCCUCCGCCCAUCCCGCCCCUUCCGCGCACCUCCUCCCGCUGCUGCGCUCGACGGCGUGGGUUCGGUGUACGGGCAACUCGCGGACGCGCUGCUGCACGGGGUGCCGCUGGGCAUGGACGUGACUAUAGCGAGCGUGCAUCACGAGGUGGCGCAGCUCGCGGCGUCCGCAGGCAUUCCGCUGGACGACCCCGUGGCUCUGCGCGAGUGGAUCGCGUCCGUCGCGCUGCUGCUGGCGUACGCCUCCGCGCCGCCCUCCGGCCCCAUGGGCCUCCUCGACUUCCUCGUCGCGCCCCUCCAUACCGUCACUUUCAGGCGGUUCUCCCCCUCGGAGGUGCGCGUGGGGCGGCAGCUGGGGCACGGCAACUUCGGCGUGGUCUACGAGGCCACCGUCGCCGGGCCGCGCGGGCAGCCGCAGCGCGUGGUGGUGAAGCGCAAGGCGGCGGGCGCGGGCGCGGACGAGAUGCAAGACGUGGAGCUGUUCAUGAACCACCGGCUGCAGGUGAGGUGUGAUGAACCACCGGCUGCAGCGCACGGUGCCAGGAGUGGCGGCCAAGUUCCUGGGGACGAUGGAGGUGCAGCCGGGGAACAAGCUGCAGGAGGUGAGUCGUCACGUGCUCGCCACCGCAUGCCACCGCACUCGCUCCCACACCUCUCGUUUCCCACCCUUCACCCCCUCAUUCCCCCCAUUCUUCCCCUCAGAUCCCAACCUUCUCCUCAUUCCCCCCAUUCUUCCCCCUCAUCCCCCCCCCUUCUUCCCCUCAGCCCCCCCCCCCCCCCUUCUCGCCCUCAUUUCCCCCCCUUCUCCCUCUCAUUUGCCCCACUGCUCCCCUUCAUUUCCCCUCCUGCUCCUUCUCACUUCCCCCACUGGUUCCCCUCAUUUCCACCCUUGCCGCCUCUCACUUCCGACCUUGCUCACUCUCAUUUCCCCCCUUGUUCCAUCUCAUUUCGCCCCCUGCUCUCACUGACAUAUUCCCCUUCUCCCUCUCACUUCGCCCCCUGCUCACCCUCAUUCCAGCCCUUCUCCCAAUCAUUUCCCCCCUUGCUCCUCUCAUCUCCCCCCCUUCUCCCUCUCAUUUCCCCCCUUGCUCCUCUCAUCUCCCCCCUUUCUCCCUCUCAUUUCCCCCCUUGCUCCUCUCAUCUCCCCCCCUCCUCCCUCUCAUUUCCCCCCUUACUCCUCUCAUCUCCCCCCCUUCUCCCUCUCAUUUCCCCCCUUGCCGCCUCUCACUUCCACCCUUGCUCACUCUCGCUUCCCCGCUUCCCUCUCACUUCCACCCUUGCUCACUCUCGCUUCCCCGCUUCCCUCUCACUUCCACCCUUGCUCUCUCGCUUCCCCGCUUCCCUCUCACUUCCACCCUUGCUCACUCUCGCUUCCCCGCUUCCCUCUCAUUUCCCUCCUUCACCCCUUCAUUUCCCCCCCUUCUCCCCUUAUUUUCCCCACCUUGCUCCCCUUCAUUUCCCCCGCUUCUCCCCUAAUUUUCCCCACCUUGCUCCCCUUCAUUUCCCCCCCUUCUCCGCUUAUUUUCCCCACCUUGCUCCCCUUCAUUUCCCUCCCAGCUCUGGCAUAGCCCCACUGCCCUCCCGUCCUUUUCAUCUUCCCUCCCUUACAGGGUGGAUCCCUUGCAAAAUACUGCCCCCCACUCCCUCCCUUUCAUUCUCCCUUCCACGCUCUCCCAUCGCCAUGCCUUAA